GACAGAACCACGCUGAGCCUCGAGAACCCGAGCACACAGCCGGACCACAAUGGCUUUAAAAACCUCGCUCUUAACGCUGCCAUGCGUGAUGAUGAUGAUGAUGAUAAUGAUGAUGAUGGACACUCAGGCUGCUCCUCCGAAGAUAAAGAUCAGCGCUCAUCACAAACCUCCAAACUCUGAAGAAGAAUCUCCAAAAUUCUUUAUCCUCGGGGAUCUGGAACAGGAAAUCAAACCAGCCUCACACUCCAUCAGACCCAUCCACAACGACUCCAUCUCACCCUGGGAGACCAUUUACACGACUGAUUCCAAUCGGAUCCCGUCUCAGCUCCCGGAGGCUCGCUGUCUCCUGAGUGGAUGUUUAAACUGGAACGGUGUCGAGACGCUGGAGUUGGAGUCCAGACGGAUUUUCUGGCAGGUUCCGGUCCUGCAGCGAGUUCGCCGUGGAGACGACAAAAACUACUACUUCAGACUGGAACAUAAAACCAUCUCCGUGGGCUGCACCUGCGUCCGGCCGUACGUGGAGCAGAUCUGACCUGCAGCACGUUGAGGAGUUCUACUGACUCCACUUAUAAUUAUUAUUAUUAUUAUUAUUAUUUAUUAGCUAUCCCCUGCUUUGAUGAGAUGUGAUUGUAUUUAUUAGUUUAGUAAGAGGUUUUGGAGGAUGUGUGUUAGCUCUGUUAUUUAUUCACUGUAGAGAUGUUGGA